GCACACGAUAAGUCACGUGCUCAAAACUAGCUCCGCUCCAGCUCCGGCUUUAUCUGCAAGUUCAGAACCAACAAAAGUGUCAAGUGCGCAGGAGCAACAAACGGACAACGAACCAGACAAACAACACACACACUACACUCGUCGCACAAUGGAUCACAACAUGCACGUGAACGCGCCACUGCAUCACUGGGGCUACGCAGCUGGACCCGCAGUGGCCAUGCCCGGAGUGGGCACCUCUGUGCCGCAGAGCCACUGGGUGCCGCCGCCGUCCCAUCACAGCCAUCACAGUAACCACAGUCAGGGGCACAGCAGCCACAAGCGGACGCUUUCCGAGAGCGACUGCGACGAUCUCUACUCCGAGGAGUCAUCCAAAGAACAAAUAUCUCCCAGUGGACCCGGAAGCUGCCAACUGAUGACCCGCAAAAAGCGACGCGGGGUUAUCGAGAAGAAGCGCCGCGAUCGGAUCAACUCCUCGCUGACCGAACUGAAGCGGUUGGUGCCCUCCGCCUAUGAGAAACAAGGAUCCGCCAAGCUGGAAAAGGCUGAGAUCCUGCAGCUAACCGUGGAGCAUCUAAAGGGUCUGCAAUCGAAAACUCUCGACUCACUCACCUACGACCCGCAGCGCGUGGCCAUGGACUAUCACAUCAUUGGGUUCCGCGAAUGCGCCGCCGAGGUGGCUCGCUACCUGGUGACCAUCGAGGGAAUGGACAUCCAGGAUCCGAUGCGCCUGCGCCUCAUGUCUCACCUGCAGUACUUUGUUCAGCAGCGUGAGCUAUCGGCCAAGAGCUGUGCCAGUCCUGGCGGCUGGACUGCACCUUCUCCCAGCACUGCUGGCUAUCAGCCCAACUGUGCAGCGGCUACGUACCAGAGCUACGCUGCGCCAGCUAAUCCUGGUCCCUAUGUGACUAGCAGCUCAAUCCACUCUAGCUAUCCCACGCUGAGCGCCUCGCCUUCUCAGCAGCAGCAGCCACAGCAGCAUGGAGGCCGCACUAGUGUCGGUAGAGCAAGUGCAGCGGUUGGAAACGAGGUACUGCCCAGUCAUGACCUUCAUUCUGAAGCCAACAGUCAGCAGCAACAGCAGCAACAGCAGCAACAACAACAGCAGCAACAACAGCAGCAACACCAGCAACAACAUCAGCAAAGAACCCAGACCACGACUACUCCACAACCUGCCCAGCAGCAACAGCAGCAGCACUACACCCACGACCAUAGCGUGGUCCAUCCGGAGCAACAGUUACCCACCUACAUCGAGCUAACCAACAGCAAUCGUCCGGCGGAAGUGAGCUCCGAGAGUCUCAGCUACAGCACAGCCCCACAGUAUCCGGUGAGCGGCGGUCAGGAUUACAACAAUGCCAGUGUCCUUCAGUAUGCCACGCCUAAUGGAGCCAAGCCCUAUAGACCCUGGGGAGCCGAGAUGGCCUAUUGAUCGGGAAAUUGUAAGAAUAAUGAAAACAAUCGGGGAAAAUCCGAGCUAAAACCGAAACCGAAGAACUCUAGUCAGAGCAGACCCAGUGUGAUAGUCCUAAGUUUUGCAUCCUACAGAAAAGAAAAGAGAAGAAAAAGCCAGCAGGGAUUAAUUAAUUUAUUAAGCAAUUACAAUUAAUAUUUAAUAUAAGUAUAUGAACCAUUUGUGAAUCUAUUGUAAAUAAGCACAAUUGUUUAUAAGAGAAAAUAUAUAAUUUUAAAAAUA